AUCGUACACCUGACAGAAGGUGUCAGAACAGAAGAGGAAGCAGGGAAGUGAUACACUACGAUGGAACUUUCUUCACUGGUGAACAAACUUGGUCACCAUCUUGUAGAGAUUAGAGAAAGAGCUCUGAAGAACAUACUAUGUAAACUGGACCAUAAUCUUAUCGCUGUUGUGGACCUAGUCCAGGAGAAGUCUUUAUUUGUACAUCUUCUUGAAUGGUUUAAUUUCCCUAUCGUGUCAAUGAAGGAGGAAGUUCUUCUGCUUCUACAAAAGUUAAUUAAGCAUUCUCUCGGUGCUCAGUGGUUGCUUGAUAUGGGUGCUGUAGAUUUCUUUUCUCAGCUUCGACCAAACAUUGAACCGAACCUUCAGGUGUUCGUGGAUAGCAUUUUGGAUGGUCUCUUCCUUCUUCCAACAGAAAGUACCUUUGUGCCUUCACCUGACAACAAAUCCUGGCAAGCACAGGACUAUCCAGCUAUACAGCAUCAUGAUGAUGGAUCUGCUGGAUAUUUUCAACAAGACGCUUUAAGGCUUCAACCUACAGAAAUUAAGCUAGAAGAGUCUGGAGUAUAUCGCAGUAAAGCCACAUGCUUGAAGUUUUCCAUGUUUCCAUGGCUGACAAUAACUACAACGGAUAGGCAUGUGCUCUCCUCAAAUGAAUGCUCCCUGAGAAGCAAAAACCACGGCUUAAUCUGGAGAAGUUGUCAACUUCUACAGGAUGUUGUAAUGGAAGAUUUUCCUGCUGAAAUCUUUCUUCAACGACCGAAGAUUGUAAAGAGCCUUCUGUCUUUACUGGUUCUUGCAUCUGAAAAAGAUGAGCAACGGCAUUUGGCAUUCCAGGCUGUGUCCUGUCUGCACCACUUAAGUACCCUAUUGAGAAGCAGAUUGAACUUUCACAGGGAUCCCGGGUUUUUAAGUACUAAACAGGAAGUGAUUUCCCAGAAUUCUUCUGUAUCUUACUACACUCCAGCCACUCGUAAUUCUCAGAACCCUUCUCCUGUAAACGAACAUCACCGGCCUUCAGUUGUGGGACGCAGCAGUCAGAGACUUCGAGGAGAUGGACAAGAUUGGGAUGCUACAUCUUCUAGUGGAAACAGCAUUCAAGCUCAAGCCAAUUCUCGGACAUCACACUUGUCACCAUUAGACAGAGGUCAUGCAGACCCACCAGAAGUGGAAAAUGAAGACACGCUGGAUCUGCAGUUUCAGCAACUCGGUCUCCCUCAGUUCUGUGUGUUGGUUUUGGAGAGCGCAACGCCACUGUUGAAGUCAGAAAGAAGAAAGAUGAUGCAACUUGUCCUUGAACUGCUUAGCGAAAACUUGGUACUGCUUUGUGAUGCCAUUUCAGAAAACGUAUGGGAGGACCGGAGUCUCAUAGGACAAGAACUGAGAUGUAAACUGCUUUUCGUGCUGGAUACACUUGGGGAGGCUAUAUUGUAUCAUAAAAAUAACAAUAGCUCUGAGAAGACUGACUCUUCUCUUGUGAACCACAGAAUGGCAUUUAUCAGCAUCUCUCUUUUUACAAUGCGACUGCUGCAGACGCUUCUCCCGGUGGAAAAGGCAAAUGAUGUGCUGCCGGAAAGCUUGAUGAAUGCUUUGUUUCUCAUAUCUGUCGACCUGCCAUUUCGUAUUGCAUAUCCCAGUGUUCAUGAAUCUGUUAUCGCUUUUAUGGAGCAGCUGAAUUCUGAGGACUAUGGGGCCUAUAAACAAGCCUCUGAGACUGUGUAUUCAAUUGAGUGUACAGCAUCCUUUAUGUCUUGUUCAAGCAAAGAGGGCGCAAACUUUUUGGAAUUGGUGGAGUUGGCUGAGAAAGCACUCACUAGCCUUCCCUACCACAAGCAUUUCCCAUUGGUUCGAAAAUUCAUCCACGCUUGUUCAGACAUAUUUAACUCCGCACAAAGUGGCCCUGUACUUUUGGAAGAGUCUCAGAAAGUACUUCUGCGCAUGAUGUCCCACUGGGUGCCUGCUGUGAGAGUUGAAGCUUAUAAUAAUUGUCUUGAAAUUGUAAAGGAUGCCUUAGGAAUUUACAAUGUGACAAAGCCAGUGUCUUCGAUUUGCAGUAGUAUAAAUUUUUUACUUCAUCCGAAAGUUCUCUAUGAAAUAAUCACGUUUGGCCUGCAAGACUCAAACCAAGAGGUUUGUUGUUCUGCCAAGGCCAUUCUAUCAUUUUUACUUAAAGGACAGCUUGUCAUGCCUGCAUUGUGCUGGAAUAAAUUUAUUGAAGCACUUCAUCCUGUCAUACCAGUUUUGCAGGGUUUUGCAGAUAUGGAUGAUGCAGUGGGUACCUCCAUCUUAACCUUGUGUGAGACAUCAGAAAGGGGGGAAGGAACUUUGCCUAAAAUAAAUCUUUUAAAAGCUGCUAUGCGAUUUCUAUUUGCUAAAAAGCUGACGCUUCGUUCUUUGGGCAUUAAGUGGCUAUCAGUCCACCUACUGAAUGAAAGAGAUUCAAGAUGCAAGCGCCCAGAGCUACAAGGAAGUGUCAUAUCUAAAGCUGUUAGUCUUUAUAUUACAGAGCGGCCAGUUGACCUAAAGCUGGAUGAUAAGGGAACAUCAUUUUUCAAGGCAGAGACUGUCAAGAAAGUGGCUGAAAUCUUAACUUCAGAAAGUGUGGACAUAGCACUACGCACAUCAGCCGCUGAACAGCUGGCAGUUCUAACACAAGCUACUACAAUGCACAGUGUGGUUAAAGAGCUGAAGGUUGUGGAGACUAUACGUAAUGUACUGCAGAAAUGUGUGCACCAGGAUGGACAGGCUUUUGAGUGUAUGGUUUGCCCAUGCUUAACACUCCUACGAAAGUUGGUGUAUGCUGAUCCUGUAGUGCGCCUUACACUGGCACAGGAGCCAGAUUUCCUCCUUACUUUGUUCAGAGUGUCUCUGCUUUUGCAGAAUGAUUGUUCAGCUCUAAAUGAAGCCGCAGUGGUACUAUGUCUACUUCUUUUUGAUGACAUUUCGAGAACAGACGCGUGGUCACACAGUAAAUCCAGUAGCACACCUCCGUUUAGCUUGCCUGUAGCUGUAUCUAGAAGAUUUAACCUUCCUGUCAGUGCAAGCACUCAUCAUGCAGUAAGCCCAUAUACUAUGUCUUCUCCUUUAUCCUCUGAAUGGCUAACAACAAAGUCAGUAGCAGACAUGCUUCGGAUGGCUUGGAAUUUGUCUUGGUACCAAGGGAUUGAUAACCUCUUGUCAAGUAUAGACAAGAACCAGCAUGAAACGGUGCAUUUUUUAGAGACAUUAAAGUUAUCCUCAGAAGAAGUUCUAACAUUGAAGAUGACACACUCAGCCACUGGACUGCAAGAUUGCCUGAGUUAUAUCGUUCAGGCUGUGUCUCAUGGGGAAGUGCGUUCUGCUGUUGCUAGGAUGAAUUUUUAUCUCCUAAAUGACAGAUUGGUUCUAAACUGCCUCACUGACUAUAACAUGUCCGCCUUGAAGUGUUUGCCUUGGCAUACUGCACUGAGCAGGUUUUUGCUGGUUCAACCAGCAUGUGCCGAAGAUGAAAAGCUCCUGGCAGAUGUGAUAAGUUUCCUAAACAAGAUCCUAAGAGAACAAAGUAGAAGCUCAGAUUCACAAGAUCUCCAAUGGAUACUGGAGAUGCUACUUAAACAAAGCCCAAGUCCACUACUAGAUCUAAUCAUCCAGAAAGAGCAAUCGGCCAAAAAGGACAUGGAUGAUACACAAGCAGCUGUGAGGCAGCAUCUGCAGAAAGAGCUGAUGGUGUUUUUUAACACACUAAUGCUCUGUUUAACUUCAGUUACUGAUCGGAAGUGCAUGGUUCUUGCCGGAACAGUCAGAACACAGCUAGCCCUGCACUUGCUUGAUUGUUUGAAGGUGUCAGAUGCUCCCCAUUUCUAUGGCCUUCCAUCUUUAUGCAGAACUCUGAGAGGCAUGGUCCAUGUCACAUCACUGCCAGAAUGGAGCUCACAUUGCCCUAUGACAGAGCCAGUCACCAUCUGUGUGAAGUUACUGACCAACCUUCUUGAGAUCAUUUCAUCGUUUUAUGUGGAAUGGGGAGGAAAUGCUCUUUCCUAUAUGGGGAAAGGUGUCACGAAGAGCACAGUAUUGUGCUUGCUUCACUUGUCCCAUGAGAUGACAGCUCAAGCCAAGAACACGGAUUGGGUGCAUCUUUGGUCUUUACCAUAUGAUCAUGGUACUGAGGAACAGGUCAUACCACGUCUGGGUUUGGAAUGGUUGAUCCCAUUGUGGGUAGACAGAGACCCAGAGGUGAGAUUUACUAGCCUUGGAAUUGGGUCCGCUUUGACAUCAAUUAAAGAUGGUUGUGUUACUUUGUCGGACAGCUGUCAAAACAUUUCUGGUGGCUUAUGGGGAACAGUGCUAAGUAUCUUUCUUGAGCAGCAUGAAUGCAGCAUGGUGCGCAGAGAGGCUGCCUUCAUUCUUCAAAACAUGCUUGUUAUCCCAAUGUCAAAAAAUGCAGAAGAUGCUUGUGAGUCUACUCUUCAG